AUGAUUAUUCUCCACGGAACUGCAUCGCACGACUUGCCUAUCCAAAAGUUCAAAGCCAGUCUGAUCCUCGACUAUGCCGGCACCUCAACAAUCGAAGCGAGUCCUCUUGUUCAACAAGUGCUCAAAGGCUCAACCAGUCCUCUUAGCAGCUCACUCUACCUCGAGACAGCCACGACCCAAUCGACCACUGGGUGUUUAAAUGUGACGAAAUUUAACGCUGAAAUCUACAGCAACGAGUUCCUGCGCUUCAUAUUCUCUAGACUACAGACUGACGCGUCUCACAAUUUAUCAUACGUGACGGAAUUGGAACUAGUAGCUCCCGUGAUCGACUGCACGUUCGACUUGCUUACGUUCGGUGACCCAACUGCUGCUCGUGUGUACUAUCUAGUUCGACGCAAGAGUAACACAUCGGACGUCAUGUUGUUGUCCACGUCUCUGUCAGUUCAAGACUAUGUCGUUGACAAGCAAUUCCAGAGCGGCCCUGCUACUCUACUUCUUGUUGCAGCGAUUGAUGAUGUUCGAACCACGACGAUAACUCACCACAUCGCAGUGGCGUUCAACUAUCCGUACGUAGCGGAACCAGAAUUUGCGUAUUCGGAGCUAAGAGGUAUCGAUGGUGAUAACUACUGGAAGCUGGAAACUCUUGCAAAUCCUUGGACACGAGACCCUGCAAAAUCAGUACGUACAGCACGUCAAUUUGGACGCUAUCUUAGUGACCCAACAGCGCAGUCAAAUAUUGAGAUGGGGCAUUGGGAUCUUCCCAAUAGCCCAGUGGAAGAGCUCGGGAGCUGGUUGUGGCACAGUCGAACAGUGCUCCAUGACUCGUGGGCGUGGACCCACGCCAUCCACGGCGUGUACGCCAUCAACGUCAUCUUUAACCUAAGUGUGCUAUCUUUCGUCAUGUAUCGACGUAUUCGAAAGGGCCACAUCUGGGUGGGAGAUGCAUUCAGUACGAUCUCCAACAUGCUCUUGUAUCGAGGUGUACUAGUCAUAAUAUGCAACCACAUGAACGGAUACUGGACGGUCUCGAAGAUGUGCAUUUCGCUUGGCGACUCGAUCACAGGUCUACAUGCCAUUUACUACAAACCAGAGCUCGUACACGCAGAUCUGUUGACUAUUUUCUUGAAUGUUGCAAGUUUCCUAAGUUAUCUCGCACGCGAACGUGUCGAUCCACUGUUCGUCUUUGCUACAUUCGAGAUUGGAUGGCGAUACCGUCUGGAGCUGUCCAAACUUUAUCCUGACUUGAAAAAACAUAUUGUGAAAUUCGCAAUAGCCGAUGCGACGAAUGGACUGUUAAAAGUGAAUCCUGGCUUGGCUGCAUUAUCACCGAUGAAGCUAAUGACUUCGUACGAGGUACUGGACGAUCGGCAGUCUGUUGUGUCGUCGGUGGUGAUCUCGAUCUUCAGUCCGAUUGUGUUAAUUGCAGUCUAUGUUAUUGUUCGAAAAGCAGUCCGGUACGUGGACACUCCGGUCGGCAGUAAGGAUGCUUCGCGUCGAAGAGCAGGGGUAUACACGGAGGGGUCACAGCAGAGUGAUCUCACGUCGUUCGAGACAGCUACAGGUGCAGGACUGAGCAAGCGUUAUGGAAUUAUCUCGGGAUAUGAAAACUAUAUUAUGCGAGACAAUAACCUCUCUGCAACUAUUGAUGCUGUCUAUGGCAAUGGGUUUUUGGUCGUGAAAGGGAAGUUCCUCAUUGGAGCUCAAGACCUUCUUCCGCUGCUUGUGAUGAAGGUGACAAGAGUGCGGUUUACCAACAUCUUUGUCUAUGAGGUCAAGGAGAAGAGUUCGGUGCAAGAAACGGCUCAACUGGUGUAUCCAUCGACGAUCUCUUGGGACGACUUGAGCCACCUCGAUGUUACUACACUUAUCUAG